UGAAUCCGAGGAUGGACCACAGAGAGCCCUCCGGAUAUAACUCCGACUAAACCGAGUUCAACCUUCUCCUGUUUGACAGAGGAUCUUAUACGACCAUGGCCCGCAACGCUUUGAAGGCAGCCAAGGCCGCCUCGAAUGCGGUCUCUAUCAACCAAAAACACACUCUUCAGUCAACCGGAAUAUGGGAGCGUAUUCGUCGCCUGCUUUCCGUGGACCCGAACCGUUCUACUGGUGUCCCCUUGAACUCCCAGUAUCGCCUUCCGACCCCCGGGGCUUUGCCCCCUCUGUCGUACGACGACCCUGUCACCAUUCCGGCAGGAGACAUCGCGGACAACCCUUAUUGGAAGCGUGAUGUUCGAAGGAACUACCCCAGGAUCAGCAAAGUCAACCAGGCGGAUGUUGUUGGUCUGCUUAGUGUGGGUAGCCAAGCGGCUCCCAAAGACGAUGUUCUCCAGAUUGGCGAGGCAGGCGAAAAGCAACUCACCACUGUCAAGCAAGAGGGGGAGGAGCGUGGACUGGCUGGGCUUUUCGAAAAGGAUACAAAGGGUGUGAAGAGCGUUUUGGGUGCUAACGGCUUGCCACCAAUGCCUUGCAACCUGGCUCCCGAGACGACUAAAUACCAAUUGGACCACGAUCAUGGGUAUCCUGAUGUGUAUCCCUGCCGCACGUUUGUUUGAUCACCUGGCUGGGCUGUUACUACCAUUAGACGCUAAAUGUAUUUGCGAUACUUUUUUAUGUUCCUUGUCUAUAUUCCGCCUAAAUUCGCUAAGCUUCCAUUCUUAUCGCAUUCUUUUCUUUCUUUCUAUCCGUUUUUGCCUUUAUAAUUUCGCCCCGACUUGAGGUGCGCGGUGAUUUCUCACCAAUGGGUACGGAUACGCGAUUAACAUUACUAGUAGACGACGCCAUCUCCCAUUUUCUGUCCAGGAAAGACGACUUUAAACCUUUCAGAUUAGGCGGCUGCAAGAUCUAACCAAUCACGGCUCUCCUUAAGACAUGAAUUUCCCUACCAAAAAUAAUCUAGUACUUUGUCUACGUCAUUUACUAAAACACCAUUCAAUUAGAGUGCACCUGCAUGUCUAGUCGAUACAGGACAGCAUGAAUCAUGACCCCGGUUCGGGUUCAGGAUUAAUGUAAAUCUUUCCCCCAACUGUGAGCGUCGCACUGUUGUACAAGACAGGCACCAGCUUGUU